CCAAUCCAACGCAAAACAAAAUCCAAGCCACCCGAACCCUCAACCAAAGAGAAACCAGAAAAUGAUUUGGAAAACCGUACUGUAAUAUCUCUCCCUUUGUCCACCUUUACUGAUCUGUUGCUCUCUCUCCCAUGGAAGCCUUACUUUUCUCUGACUCUCUAUCCCCUCUCCUCAACCUGAAACCUUCCUCUCCAAAAAUCCACUUCCUACCUUCACUCCAGGCUAGAUCAAACUCACCCUCUCUCAGUAAAACCAUUACUUGUAGCCUCAAGAACCACACUCCACGGUGUUUUAAACCAUUUUUUCUGAUACCCACAAGCUGGGUCUCUCAUGCCCAACAAGGCCUGGCAGCUCUAGCUCUCUCUUUGGUACUCAACUUUAGUCCACUUUUGUACACUGGCAAUGCACUAGCAUCUGAAUUUGAUGUUAUCAAUGAAGGCCCACCAAAGGACUCUUAUGUUGUUGAUGAUGCUAGUGUGCUUAGUCGAGUGACCAAAUCUGAUCUGAGGCAGCUAUUAUCAGACUUGGAGGCUAGGAAGAACUUCAAGAUUAAUUUCAUCACUGUUAGAAAGCUAACUAGCAAAGCUGACGCUUUUGAGUAUGCUGACCAAAUUCUGGAGAAAUGGUAUCCCACUGUUGAAGAGGGCAACAAUAAGGGAAUUGUUGUGCUUGUAACCAGCCAAAAGGAAGGAGCAGUAACAGGGGGCCCUGGAUUUGUCCAAGCAGUGGGAGAAAGUGUUCUUGAUUCCACAGUCUCAGAAAACCUUCCUGUAUUGGCUACAGAAGAGAAGUACAAUGAAGCAGUGUUUAGCAGUGCCAAGAGGCUUGUAGCUGCCAUUGAUGGGCUUCCUGAUCCUGGGGGACCCAAGUUCAAGGACAAUAAGAGAGAAUCCAACUUCAAAACCAGGGAAGAAACAGAAGAGAAGAGGGGGCAGUUCUCUCUGGUGGUUGGAGGUCUUUUGGUGAUUGCUUUUGUGGUUCCUAUGGCACAAUACUAUGCUUAUGUUUCCAAGAAAUAGGUAAUACUUAGUUUGUUAACUUGCCUCUCAAAUUAUUUCGUUUUAAGUUUCAGACUUGGCGACUUUUUGUACAAAUGUUAAUCUUGAACUGGUCAAUGAGAACCUUGCAAUCGGGGGAUAAGAUCAAAUUUUCUGUUUGUGUUGAUAAAA